AUGUCGUCCGUCAACAGACCAACAGACUUAAAGGCAAAGGAGGCCGAUGUCAACCGCAAACUCCAAUUCUACGGAAUUGCAUCAGCUUUCCAAGCUGGCAAAGUCCCAUCUAAUGAACAAAUCGAUGUUGCGCUCAACAGCUUCCUAGCAUCAAAACCUAUCUCCCACCCAUCCAAACAGCUGUCGGCUGAGGGUCAGGCUCUUGUCGCCGACUUCCGCAAUGUAGUUCAACAAGCCAAGUACCUCCUCCUCUCCAAGAACCAAGGCAAUCUUCUCCAGGACUUCAUCUGGGAAUCACAGAAGAUUAGCGGUGGAAACGCUGCUGUCCCUGGUGCCCCAAUUGACAAGCAAUCUGCUCAACAGGAUGGCAACAAGGCGCUGGAGGGUCUGCGAACCCUCGGCACGUUGAUCAUCUCUAAUGGUCAAUUCCGAAAGCUCUUGAAAGAUUCUACCAUCCUCAUUCGCGACAUGGCUGGUGAUGCCGCUACCAGUGCGGCAGACAAGAUCAACCCCAACGAAGAUCAACUUAACCAGCUAGACGAGCCUGCCGAGGACGAUACAUGGCAUGAUAACCCAGAUAUGUCCCGCGGAAACAUUAAAAACCAGAUCAAGCAAACCUACAAUCAAAAGUCUCCAUUAUCCAAGCAAGAUCUCAAGGAGGCUGGUCGUGAUGCCAAUCAGACUGCCGAUCCAAGUGGAUCCCGCGAUCCAAGAGACACUGCGGACCGAGCUCAAAACGACCAGAUGAACAACACCUCUUCCGGUGUCGAUGCCAAGCAGGGUGCUCGUCAAGGUAUUGAGUCGCUUAAGCAGAAGGCUGAUGCCAACAUCUCGGAAGAGGACAAGGAGAAGGCCAGAAAGCGAAAGGAGCAGGCCAAACAGACGACCAAGGACUACAUGAACAAGAAGAUGCCAGAGGAGCGCCGUCAGCAGACCAUCUACAGAUUGAAGAAGAUGGUAGUCGAAAUUCAAGGUCACCCAGAUUACCAAUCUGCCAUCACCACUAUUUUGGACUUGGCUGAGCAGUAUGCUGGCCACGCCAACACACUCGGUCAACAAGGUGCAGGCACCGUCAAGGGUGCACAUGCCGACACCUCUCUCCAGAAGGUUGAGGGUGACUUGAAGACUUUGAUCGAGCGUUUUGCCAACGGUACUUCUACCGACGACUUCUUCGACUCUCUCAAUGCUGUCUACAAGGAUGCCGACAAAGAUCCCGAGCUCAAGAACUGGUUCAAGCAAAUGAACACCUACAUCCGAAAGUGCCUCAAGCAACAAGGCUACAUCAUGGAGGAUGACGCUACCGAGGAGUGGAACAAGUUGAACGACCGCGGAAACUUCCUCCUCCGUGACCGUUACCGAAACCACACUGAUCGCAUUGCCGACGAGGUGAAAUUCCUUGCCGAGCAGUUCGAUUCCGAUCCUUCCAACAAGAAGUUUGCCGAGUCAAUGAACAAGCUCUUCACAGACUUGGGCAAUGAUGAGAAUGGCAAGCCAACGUUCAAGCCUCAUUUGGUUAAGGAUUUGACUGAGGUCAUCCUUCCUGGCAUCUUCCAAGCUGUCCAAUACGUACCAAUCCCACGUAUUGAGUACAGCGACCCAAUGAUCGAUGCUGUCAUUGAGAAUCUUGUCAUUGAGAGUGACAACUUGAUGCCAAACAUUCUUGAGGUUGCAAAUGACAACUACUUCCGCUGGGGGCGCAAGAAGAUUGCCAACAAGAACAACAACAGUAUCAUGGUUUCUGUCUCGGGUAUCCAGAUGGAUCUUCGCGAUGUCUCUUACUACGUCAAGCGUAAGCAAGGUACUCCAAAGGUCAAGGACCUCGGUGUUGCCGAUAUCUUCCUCGGUGGAACUGGAUUGUCAUUCAAGAUGAAGCUCUCAACUGCUACUGCUAAAGAUUCGCAAAACUUCUUCAAGGUUGACAAAGUCGAUGUUGAUGUCAAGAAUUUCGAUAUUAAGCUCAAGCAAUCCAAUCACAAGCUCCUCUUCGGUCUUUUCAAGCCAUUGAUGCUUAAGGUCAUGAGGCCUGCACUCCAGAAGGCUAUUGAGAAGGUCAUCAAGGACAAGUGCCACGAGCUUGACAGCAUGGCUUUUGAGGUCAAGAAGGAGGUUGACCGUGCCACUGAGCAGGUUAAGAACGACCCAGAGCAAGCACAGAACAUCUACCAAAAGUACGCUUCUGCCGUCCAGAAGAAGUUCCUUCAGGGCAAGAACAAGGCACAAGAGGCCAAGAACAACACCACCGUCAACAUGGCUAUGACCCAGAAAGAUUCCAUCUUUCCAGAUAUCAAGCUUCCAGGUGGUAUCUCCAGCAAGGCUACCGAGUACAAGGAGCUUGCUCUUAAGGGCGACAACUGGCAAACUCCAGUAUUUGGACUCGGCAGUGCCAAGGCAUCUACCGAUAUUCCAAAGGCCGUUGAGCCUACUCGCAAACCACACAGAGUGACUGAGGGUGGUGUUCGUGGCCCACAAAACGUUGGCCACACCAGCUCCAUGACUGAGCAAUCUCGUGAUCCAUAUGCCCAGAGCGCCGGACAGAGCGGUUCCGGAUAUGCUGGACAGAGCGGUUCUGCAUACACUGGACAAAGUGGUUCUGGAUACACUGGUCAGAGUGGCUCCGGUUACACCGGCACUCAAUCCGGUCCAAUUGGUGGAGCUGGAAACAGAGAUUCCACCGUGACUGGAUUUGGAAGUCAAGUUGAUCAGGCAUUCGGCGAGAAUGCUGGCACAACCGGUCUCAGCAGCAGCACUGGAACUGGCCUCACCAAUGGCCAUGCCAACACUAAUGGCCAUACCGCUACCAACGGUAACACCAAGAACUCCACCUACAACACCACAUACGGUGCUGAGAACCCAGUCUUGGCUGGACGUGUAUGA